CUCAGGCCAGACAACAUGUAGGUCAUUGUCGAUCGUGCGCUGCACUGGGGGAAAAUCUUGAUCGCAUACCCAAGAUGACGGCUUUGGCCUCGAGACAGCUGGAUGGAGCGAUCCCAGCAAAAGGCCUUCUGCCCCUUUUCGCUCUAUUCUAUCGGUCUAGACGUCAAGCGGAGACUGUUCCGGUGCCAUGGUAUCCCCCGAGGUCUCGUGGUGACUUCCCUGGAAAGAGGCGUCCUUCUUGGCAACCGAUUUGAGCCUCACAAGCUACUAUAAGUUCACCUUGUUCUGGUUCGUCGGAGGGAUAACAAUCGAUCUAGAAACGGCAUCUUCAAGACUGACUUGGACACCUUCUGGACGUCUUAAUCUUAUUCACCUCGUCCAACAUGGUCAUGUUCGCCCCGUCGCCAACCAGACUUUCUUCUCUCUUGCUCCUUUGUCUUUUUGCAGCCUUCAUCAACGCCACAGAUGACACCCUGUACCCAGAUCUUGUUCGAUCGCUGAGGACAAGUCCGACAGAGCUCGAUAAGCUUAAUAUCCUUCUCGACGAUAAAGACUGGACGUUCAACUACUUCGCCCAUGAAUACCACACCAAUAACCCCGGGGGCGUUGUCAACGCCAAUGCCGCGACAUUCCCAGCAACUGUUGGCAAUAGCAUGACCAUGGCUUGGAUCAGUCUCGGUCCCUGCGCUAUGCUGCCGCCACACUACCACGCUCGUGCUUCCAACUAUGUGGUCUCGAUCGAGGGGACUACCGAGACCUACAUGACGCUAGAAAACGGAGCUCGGGUGGUCAAAACAACUUUGGCGCCCGGGAUGAUGACGCUAUUUCCGCAAGGUAGUUUGCAUAUGAUGCAAAACACAGGGUGCGAUAAUGCUACUCUGAUCUCUGCUCUGAGCUCAGAAGACGCCGGCACCCACAAUGUCGCGAAUGGACUCUUCGGCCUUCCUCAGAGUGUAGUGGCAGCAGCAUUCGGAGGAAACCCGCUAUCAGCAAAGUUUGCACAGCUACGACGCGAUAUCCCGGCCGUCGGAACUGGUGCCGCGGUUGGCACUGCAGAAUGCCUGAAGCGGUGCGAAGCUAUUGGCUCCAAGUAGGUAGCCUAUAGUAUGCUCAUAGCCAUAUCGACAUGGACGAAAAGCAUGGUCGAUGCUAAUAGCUGCAAAGACAUUCCAUAUCGUCGGGACCGAGAAUCCUUGUUUGGCCAGAACGUAUGGAUGGAGGAUUGCAUCAUAGAUACCCGUGGCAGAUGGCAUCGUGGA